AUGGAAUUUCCGUCAAAAUCCAGCGAAUUGGCUGAUAAUUUGACUGUGACAGCGGUAAACGCGUCGACCCAUUCCGAACUUAAUCUACCGUAUACAGUUUGUGAGAUUUUGGUGGCGGUAUGCGCGGUGUUCGGCAAUGGUCUGGUGAUCAUAGUCUUCAGUAAAGAGAGGAAACUCCGUCGACGAACCAAUUAUUACAUCAUCUCUUUAGCCACGGCUGAUUUGCUGGUCGGAUUAUUCGCCAUACCUUUUGCUAUUUUGGCCAGCAUUGGUUUACCGACGAAUUUACACGCCUGCUUAUUCACCGUCUCCGUGCUGAUCGUCCUCUGCACGAUCAGUAUCUUCUGUCUGGUGGCGGUGUCCGUAGAUCGUUACUGGGCGAUACUUCAUCCCAUGGGAUACUCACGCACCGUGCGCACUAAAACUGCCAUAGGUAAGAAUUAGAAUAAGGGCGACGACUCGAAUAACUUAACAUUAGUUAACUCUUUUGAUAGAGAAAGAUAAUCUUUAGUGAAAAACGCAGAAUCAAAUGACGCUGAGUUUGAGAGGAAAAUGGCAAAAACGUAGUUUUAAAUUGAAACAGCGUUAUUAGCAAAUAAUAAUUAUAUUUUUAAUAUAAUUAAAAAAUAUCCAACAAAUGAAAAUAUACAAACAUGAAACGAGUUAAACUCGUAAGAAUUCCUUUGUUUACUAAUUUUAGGUCAUCAAACUUUCUGA